UGCCGGGCUAGAAGAUUAAAGUUACUUUAGUCGAGCUUGCGCACGAGAGCUGAGCGUACGCGCACUCGAUGCGAGCUUUUAUUCAGAAUAAUAGAUCGAUAAACCGCGCGUGAGUGAUUGAUUUUAUUGGCUUACACGAUAUCAAAGCAUAAAGGAUUCAAGAAGUAUGGCUUCCCGACCUGCGGGAGCUCAUAUUUGCCACUUCCUGGUGCUUGUUUUAGCUGUGGCUAAUUCGGUUUCCUUGAGCUUUGACGAGGAAGCAACAAAUGAUGCCAUCGCGUCGUCAUCAGCAACGCAUGGUGCAGUGGUGAUCGUGCUGAGAGGACCCAGCGAUAGAGGAUCCAGAAGGGAACAGCUAAUUCAUGGAAAAGUUACGGACGAGAAUGCUUUCUCGCUCUUCUACAGUGCUAAGAGCAACAAAGUAUCGCUGGAAAAUUUACAUGGCGGUCAUUUGAAGUCAGUAUCGUGGGGCCUGGGCUCACAUCCACGAGAGCAUCUGAUCCUGGUCAUCACUCACGACCGAGUCAAGCUAUAUGUUGGCUGUCAACCGUUGCAUUGGCACCCGAUGUCCGGUAGGCACGAUGUACUCAAUCUGUUAGCCACGCCGCUCUUUAAAUUGUACCACGAAGAAAAUGCCCCAGUGCAAAUAUACGACGAUGAAAAAGCGGCACUAACAUCGUUGAACUGUGACCAUCAUGAGCUUUACCCACCUACUCUAACAACAAUGGAUUCAGACGUAGAGGAAGUUAGAGAUUUUAUUGCAAAAGAAGAGAGACUGAAGAAAGAAGAGCAAAUGCAGGGCGAUGACUACAGGAAUAAUUAUAUAAAUCCGAAUAUUCUACCAGUUCCUCAAUCUACUACACCCUCGGAAUUUAGGGGAGAUAUACCAGCUACCGAUAUCGAAUCGUGUGACGACGAAGUAAUCCGCCAGUUAAAACUGCUUCGACAGAUAAUAGAAACGCUACGUCGAGAGUUGGCUGAUCAAAAGGGAACAAUCGAUGGGUUGAAAAACCAAUUGCGUUUGUGUUGCAAUCGAGUUCCAGCACCGGCGCCGGUUGAGAGAUGUUCUGGCUCUUCAUGUUACCCUGGUGUGGAAUGCCGGAAUACCGUGUCUGGUCCAGAAUGUGGAUCCUGUCCUCACGGCAUGGAGGGAGAUGGAAGGAGAUGCAGACCUAUAUCUUGUGAUCGACGUCCUUGCUCUCAAGGAGAGUAUUGCACUGACACAGAACGGGGAUACCGAUGCGAGAGAUGUCCAGGAAGGCAAACGAGUGAUGGACAAACGUGUCGAACACCUUGCAGUUCAAACCCUUGUUUCGGUGGACGUGUCCAGUGUCAAGAUACGCCAGAUGGCAGGUAUCGUUGUGGGCCCUGUCCUGCCGGGUUUACUGGAAACGGCGAAGAAUGUUCUAGAAUAUCCUGCAGACACAUUUCAUGUUAUCAAGGUGUCGAAUGUCAAGAAACAGGUUCUGGACCACGUUGUGGCCCGUGCCCUGAUGGAUUCAUGGGUGAUGGACAGAGAUGUCAACACAUCUGUGACGCGAGGCGGCCAUGUGGGGAAAGACGCUGUAUCCCUACUUCGGGUAGUCCUUACUAUGAAUGCGAGGGAUGCUCCAAGGGCUACGCGUGGAACGGUUACUCAUGCGUGGACAUGGAUGAAUGCGAUCUUAUCAGGCCCUGCGAUGAGUUGGUGUCAUGCAGCAAUGUAGAGGGUGGUUUCAUCUGUGGGGCGUGUCCGCCCGGAUUUGAAGGGAGCUCGGGAUGGCAGGGAUCCGGAGACGAGGGAAGGAGAGAGCGCUGUGUCGAUAUUGAUGAGUGCUCUGACGGGAACGAGCCGUGUCCUCGUGGUCGACUGUGCGUUAAUACCCCGGGAUCCUUCACGUGUGUACCAUGUGGUGGUAACUUCUACGUGAACACCUCUCGGCCCUGCAUCGACGUGGGUGAUCUGGUUCAACGCUGCGACCCAGCCAGAUGUCGCCGAUACAACGCAGUAUGUGGAUACGGACCAGCAUGUGUUUGUGCUACUGGCUGGGCUGGAAAUGGAACAGUUUGUGGUCCAGACAGAGAUCUAGAUGGAUAUCCAGACCACCAGUUGCCUUGCACAGAUCUACAUUGUAAAGCAGAUAAUUGCCCAGAUGUUUCCAAUUCUGGUCAAGAGGACGCUGAUAAGGACGGUCUUGGGGACUCUUGUGAUCCAGAUAGAGACGGAGAUGGCAUCCCUAAUAUCCCUGAUAACUGUCCACUGACCGCAAACCCUGACCAAUUGGACCGUGAUGAAGAUCGUAGCGACAAACGUGGCGAUGCCUGCGACAACUGUCCGCGACGUUUUAACCCUGGUCAGGAAGAUGCUGACCGAGAUGGACUUGGAGACGUUUGUGACCCUGAUAUGGAUAAUGAUGGUAUACUAAAUGAAGACGAUAAUUGCCCUCGUGUGUACAACCCUCAACAAGAGGAUAUGGAUGGAGAUCGUUUCGGUGAUCUCUGUGAUAACUGCCCCAGAGUGCGGAACCCGUCUCAAGAAGAUGCAGACAGGGAUAAUGUUGGAGAUGCCUGUGACAGUGACGUGGACAGAGACCAAGACGGCAUACAAGACGGAUUGGACAAUUGUCCAAAUUUGGCCAACAGUGACCAACAAGACGUAGACAAUGACGGCAAAGGUGACGCGUGCGAUGAUGAUAUUGAUGGUGAUGGUAUCCCCAACCUGGAAGAUAAUUGUCCACUGGUACAUAACCCCGAUCAACUGGACACUAAUGGUGAUGGUAUUGGAAACGCAUGCGACAAUGAUAAUGAUGGUGACAAAGUAACGAAUGAUCUGGAUAACUGUCCAAAUAACUCCAAAAUUUUCCGUACUGACUUUAGAAAUUACAUGACUGUCCGUUUGGAUCCCGAGGGAACAUCGCAGCAGGAUCCCAACUGGGAGAUCGCUAAUGAAGGUGCCGAGAUCAUUCAGACCCUCAACUCAGAUCCUGGACUUGCAGUGGGCUUCGAUAACUUUGGUGGAGUUGAUUUCGAAGGAACAUUCUUUGUUGAUUCACAGAUAGAUGAUGAUUACGUUGGAUUUAUAUUUGGAUAUCAGAACAAUAAGCGAUUCUACGUAGUGAUGUGGAAGAAGAACACACAGACGUAUUGGCAGACCACACCAUUCCGAGCAGUCGCUGAACCCGGCAUCCAGCUCAAGCUUGUCAACUCCAAGACUGGACCAGGGAAGACCCUGAGAAACUCCUUGUGGAAUACUGAGUCUACUCCUGAUCAGGUAACACUGCUAUGGAAAGACCCACGCAACGUGGGCUGGCGUGAGAAGACAGCGUACAGGUGGAGAUUGCUGCACAGACCGAAGAUAGGAUUGAUCAGGCUCAAGAUAUACGAGAAUAACCGGCUCGUGGCAGACUCUGGCAACGUAUAUGACUACACUCUGAAGGGCGGAAGACUUGGAGUCUUCUGUUUCUCUCAAGAAAUGAUCAUUUGGUCUAAUUUAGUUUACAGAUGUAACGAUAAAAUACCAUCAAACAUAGUGUCUGAAUUACCGAACCGAUUGCUGAAGAAAUUGGAAAUCGACCACGACUUCGUUUACGCGUGAAUUAAUUAAUUUCUAGCUGAAUUGAAACGAGGUUUCAUAAGUUUUAUAGGCAUCUACUUGCAUAAAUUUAAUUAAAUUUUAAUUAAGGUAGAAAUUUUGACAAGUUCUAAAUUAUUUCUUGUUUUGUUUGAUUAUAACAAAAGCUUUCUUUUGAAAUUAUUUUACUAGAAAUGGUUUUGUAAAUAACAAUUAUUAUAAAUUAUUUUGUUUUUUAAAUAAAAAUUUUAAUAUUGCAAUUUUAAGCUGUUAAUAAAAAGAGACGUAGAAAAUGUUUAUACUUAUUUUGUCAUAAUAUAAAUAUUAUAGAUCUAAUAUAUUAAUAUAGCUUUAAUAGUGAGUGUAACUAAGUAACUACAAAUCAGUUUAUCGUUUAUUUAUAUGUGAGAUGACAUAAAUUUUCAUUAUACCCUCAUAUUUAUCUGCCGUCAAUUAUGCCCUUAAAGCGUUGAAUCGAUUCGUUCAAUAAUCGCAAACCUAAAUCGAAGUACGUCAAAUAGUAAUAAGAAGUGUCUCAAUAACAGUGCAGAAACGUAGCAGAAUCAUAAAAAUUAAGAAAAAAUAGAAGAGAGAUAGAACUAUUAAUAGUCCGACAACUUUUUGCGCGACCUUCUCACGGGGUGACAGACGGGGUACCGCCCCUGCUACCCGCGUGAGACUGCCGUAACUUGCUACCCGCUGACCCGCGGCAACGCGUGAGACUGCCGUAACCCGCUACCCGCUGACCCGUGGCAACGCGUGAGACUGCCGUAACCCUCUACCCGCUGACCCGUGGCAACGCGUGAGACUGCCGUAACACGCUAGCCGCUGCUAUCUUUAGCACUCCGUUCCCGCCACCGUCUGUCACGCCGUGAGACGGUCGCGCGCGAAGUUGUCGGACUAUAAUUCAACAGUCUAAAAGAAUCUCUAUAGUUAUGUAUGAAGUCUGAGAUUCGUCGCGGCAAACCGAAACGCAUAUUUCCAUAGUAAUUGUAUCCAUUUUCAUUUCACUCAUUUGACUGAAUAGUCGACGUGGUCGUUUAUGCUACGUUAAUGUUUGACCUUGAAUAACUACUAUAAUAGUGAUUGUUUUUCUAAACAUAAAAGUGAAUAAUAAAUGAUUGUGAAACUGUC